AUGAAUGCUUCCGUUCCAUCGUAUAUUGUGGAUACAGCUGCUAAGCAAAUGAAUUAUAUCGUAGAUUAUAUGAAUACUCAAACAUCUAAAUACACUUCUGCGUGUGUUACUGCUGCUCGAGAUAUUGUCUGUAAAGGACUAUUACCCCAAUGCUCUUCUGAUUUUAGAAUAUUAUCAUUCCUGAGCACAAGUAAAUCUUGCCAAUCAAUUAAUUCAUGCCCAACAGGUUUAUUUACUGCCAUUGGUAGAACUUCUGCUGCACUAUGCAGCCUGUCCGGCAAGCAGUACAGUCUUACUACCUGUGUUAACCCAGCAAUAACCAACAUUAAUUCCGUUCAUUGCCACGCUUUACCAAAUAUUACCGUACCUUCUUGGAUCGUUCCAGUUUUAAAAGCACAAGGAAAUGCGAUUAAUGCGCAGCGAUUAGCAUAUAGUCUUGUUGGAGUUGAACAAAGUUGUACUAGUCAAUGGACAAACUUUUUAUGUCGCUCUCUAGUAAGUUGCAAUCAUGAUCAAAAUCGAAUUAUUAGCUUUGGCUGGAGUAAAGAAGAAUGCACUUCCUCGCUGAAGUGUUUACCUGCGAUCUUAAAGACAUCAACGGAAGACCAAUUUGAUUGCAAUAUCUUUCCUAGUAAAUCGGAUAGUGCUGGAUUAUCAUCUCAUUUUAGUUUAAUUGCAGCUACUUGGUUAUUAGCUGUAUGGAUAUCUGAGUAA